GUUCCAACUACACGAGAGAUUUAAGAUUGUCUGGCAUUAUGUCUGACUGUAGUGUAUGUGGAUUCCUUGUCUAUUUGAUGAACGUGAGAUUCUGGAAUCCAAAGAAGACGAAGACGAGUCGCAAGCAUCCUCAUUGGAGGAAGCUCGUGAGCUUGCACGUCGAAUGCACGACGAGUUAAGGCGUACUCUACUUUUCAUGUCGCGUCUGCAAGGACUGCCAGCACCACCAGGAAAACCAAUCCUCAUACCCGGCGAAGAAGAUUCACAACCAGAUGUCGUUGGUAUACGAUGGGAAAGAUCAUCGUCGAAUGGUGGUUCGGCCAUCAUUGGUUAUCAUGUGGAACAUCGAAAAAUGGGUACACCACAUUGGGUUCGAUCGGCACCAGUACUCUGUACUUUUCCUGAGCUGACGCUUAGUGGUUUGGAACCUGGCUGGAGAUAUCAGUUCAGAAUCAGGGCACAAAAUGCAUUGGGACUGUCGGAACCGAGCGAACUAAGCGAUCCGUUGACGGUUACGCUUCAAAGGACUACUUCUUUGGCGCCGAGGUUCGAUCGGGAUCUCAGGGAUUGCGUUGUACUGGAAGGACUGCAGGCUGAAUUCUUGGUGGUUUACGAUGGGACGCCUCUGCCAAAGAUAUCAUGGUUCAAAGAUGGUUUCGAAAUCUUUAGUAGUCGGCGCACGACAAUAACGACUGACAGCAACACAAGCACGCUUAUUAUUCAUACGACUUCGAUGGACGACGAGGGAGAAAUCAAGUGUUCGGCUACGAACCGAGCUGGUCACAUUAGCACUAGAGCUAAAUUAAUAAUCGAAGCACCUCCUCAUGUUCGAUUACCAAGGCAAUACGAUGAGGGUUUAUUAUUUGAACAAGGCGAGACGAUCAGACUGAAAGCAACAAAUGGUGGUCGGCCAGCACCAAGUAUAACAUGGUAUCAUAAUGGCGAGAUCAUUAUCGUCGAUUCGCGACAUCAUUUUGAGUCGAUCACCGAUAAUGAGACGAUCCUAAAAAUCACAGACGCCAAACGUCAGGAUCGAGGCGAAUAUUCCAUUAGGGCGAUCAAUAAACUUGGCGAGGAUGUUGCUUCGUUUUUGGUCACCGUCACAGACCGUCCAGCUGCGCCAGGAAAAACUGUAGUGAUGGGUACUUUAGGGAGAAAUGUUACGUUGGCGUGGCAGGAGCCUGAAGAUGAUGGUGGUUGCAAAAUUGGCACGUACAUCGUCGAGUAUUACAGACUUGGUUGGGACGUGUGGUUGAAAGCAGCUACCUCCAGACAAACAACUGCCACAUUGAACGAUCUAAUCGAAGGUUCAGAAUACCGUUUCCGAGUGAAAGCUGAAAAUCCUUACGGUCUUAGCGAUCCUAGUGAAGAAAGCGAUAUCGUAUUCGUACCCGAUCCAAAAAGAGGAAUAACAGAGCCGAAUAUGCGAGCAAAGUCGGCGAGUCAGCGUGACAUUCCGCGUGGACGUAGUGAGAGACGGGAAGUCAGUUUUCGCGACGCUUCCACGCCAAGAACCCGUAGCCUUACUCGUGAAGAGGCUUCGAAUCGUGAAGCCAUGGCUGCUUACGAACGAACUGUUUCUACUCAACGCCUCGGCACACCUGGACACUUACAACCACCUGUUAGACCUUCCAGGACUGACAGUCGAGUGACUUUUGCACUCGAUACCGCUGGCGGUGAAAACAGACGACAAUGGUCCAAAGAAAUGCUUCCACAGCCUGUAGAGUUUGAAAUUCUAGACCGAAACAAAACGCAAACAACAGUGAUCGUCACACCGAUCUUCAACGACUCGGGCGGUGAAACUUCUUAUCUAGAAUCGCGUUCUUGCUCGGUAUGUUACUCUCGUGAGCAUAGUCCAUCGCCUUUGGAACUCGAAGAAAUUACGGAAAGAGCAAUUCAGGAAAGAGUUGAAAGUAUGAAUCUAAGGUCACAGUUGAGUCCUCCACGUACUCCAAGGCGCAGGCGCAGUACUUCCGAGGUUCGCGACACUCACACAAGCUUAUGCAGCUUAAGGAGAGAUGAUGAGGAGAACAUGCUGCACGGUAGCUCGGAAUUCAUGCUGGUACUUUACCCCGGUGCAGAGGAUGGAAAGCAGCAUCAAGCGACGAGGAUGGAGAAAGAGAAGGAAGUGGCAGCGAGGAGAGAUAGUCGAGCGAAAAAUAUCAUAGCUGACAGAUUACCAGUAAGCCAUUCAACAAUUCAUGCACCAGGCGAAUCGGAAGAUGAAGAUUUAGUAGCACCACCACCUACAUCAUUCUCCCUUCCCGAACUCUUCAGCGCAGAGCAUCAAAUCAUUGAAAUCCUUCGCGAAGCAGUCAGCUCAACAGAACUUCUUCACGAACGUGCAAUGGAACGUUUCUACAAAGCAGUAGAAGCUGAAAAAUCCGCCGAGCAAAUAAAAACUCAAUUUGAUGCUACAUCGGCCGAACCAUAUCCGCUAUUCAAUCCACGUAUUCGACCAGUACGCAGAAGAUUAUCGAACUCGGGUGGUACUGCCUGGCAGUUAAGACGCGAUCGACGAAGAUCGAGCGAAGGACAAGCUAAACUAUCUUCAUCAUUAAAAAUUCCAGAUAUCUAUGAACCUUUGCAAAAUGUAUCAUCAGAUCCGAACUUACCGACAAGUGAAGAGGCGUUAGCUCAAAAGAAAUUAGACGCAUGGACGGACAAUAUUACAAGUUUAAGAGACAGUGCUGAACGGUUGAAGAGAUGGCAUGAAACGGGCAUUGAUCUGAGUCAAGAAAGAAAUGUAUCUGAUGUAAUUGGCAAAGAAAAGGCGCAGAUGAAUAAGGAAAGAGAAGAACUUUUGACCAAAUCAGAACUUAAUAUCAAAACACCAGUAGUAGGAAAAUUAGAAGAAGAAUACGAUGAAGUAACUCCGGAUACAGGUGAAAUCCUCGCCGAAGACAGCAUCGAAACCUCCGGGGUAUCUUCCGAAGGAGAAAGUACUGACAGUGAAGAUCUAAAGAAGUUAAAAGCUCGAAUAAUGGCCAUUCCCGUAGUAGAAGAAGAGGACACAUAUAAUCCUCGUGGUCGAAUGAUUACUAAUUUAGACUUGCCUGAUAUACCUCCUCCGGUACCACCACACAGAGUACCUUUGACUGACAUUGUUACGCCACCAGCGACACCUGAUAGAACUAAUUUAUCACCGACAAAUCUCACGCCUGCCUCAUCGAAUAGUGCCAUUGUGCCAAAGUCGAUAUUAAAAAAAAGGACUGAUAACGAGCCUAUAAUUGUUAAUCAACUUAUAAGACCUAUUCCACCGGAGAAACCAAUAAAACAGUCGAUAUCUUCCAAUGAAGAAUAUGAAGGUUUAAGUACUAGUUACAAGUCAUUGUCAAAUCUUAACUAUAUCAAUCUGGACGGAGCGACAGUUAACGAAAAUUAUAUGCCAACGCCCACGCCAGUGCCCUCUCCAGAAUCAUUGCCUUCUCCAGAAUUAAUAAUGUCUCCUAUCUCUUCAUCUCCAGUCGCAAGCACAUUGGAUAUUGACCGAGAAAAAGAAGCAGUCAUAUCGGCAGGCGAAGCUGCAGUUACCAAACGACGUCAAAUGAGACAAGGCUCCAAACAGUUGUCGACCGAAGAAGUAGAGGAAGAGCAACAAGAGGAAAGAAUGGCAGUUGUAAGCCAUUAUACAGAAAUCGUUAAACAAUAUUCAUCCCCAGAAUAUAGACAACGAUCGUUGAGUAGAGAUCGGGAACCCGUACGACGACCAUCGGAACCAAGAGUUGCAUCUCCAAUCAGAAAUCAAAUGACGAAUCAACCCAUUAUACAACGAGAAAGACUACCAAUGGUGAACCAACCUAGUUUACAAAAAGAAAGAUUACCCAUCACACCAGGUAAGAUUGUUACGCCGAUACCGCCGAUCAUCCCACUGAUACCAGGAGCGAAGAUAAUUGAACCGAUACCCCCUGUGAUGCCUACAACGCCUAUUCAGAAAGCCAAACCAAUCGAUCCAGCCGAGCAGCGUUCAAGACGUAGGAGUCGAGGAAAUUCCAUUGAGCCGGAAUUAAGAAGUAGACCAAGGAGACAGGAAUCCACUGACAGUAGACCUUCGCGAAAAAGUAGUAUCGCCAAUUCGCGAAGUACAACACCGACAAAAUUGAAGGUCAACAGUCGACCAUCAUCGAGAAACGAAUCUCCAAUACCAAGGUCAAGGAAUGUAUCGACAGACCGAAGCCGAGCAACGUCAGUAUCGAGGACUAAUAAAAAAUCAAAAAGUAGUCGACCAUCGUCUAGAUCUAGUUCGAAGGAUCGAUCACGUGCAGCUACACCAACAGAGGAAAAAUUAGAACGUUUGCAAAGGGCAUUAGAUGACAAAAGAGAUCGAAUGAGGCGAGCAUCAACUAAUGAAAUCAAGGUUAAAGAAGAAACCGAACGCAAAGUACGCUCGACUUUCAAUUACUUCAUUGACGUCGGUCUACUUCUCGCAGCUCUUUACGUAUAUCUUUUCAAGAAAGAAAUUCUUGCUGUGCCUAUCAUUGCAUUGCUACUGUUUAGAUAUAUUCAACAAGAGCUGAGAGGCAUGAUGCCGAACUGGUGGAGAAGACGCUGAUGACUUUUUUUUACUGUUUCCCAAGAUUGUUUUUUAUGUCUUUUUCUCGACUGUCAGAUUUUUUGGUUGGUAUUUUUUUUCAAACAUUCUUUUUCUUUUUAAUGAAAGAUAAUCACUUUAUUCAGAAACUAUGCGAUUUUCGAGGAUCAUCUAUUUUGAUUUCUGAAAAUGUUUUCUUUUUUAAUAAUUACCAUCUUGGAAACCUCAUUGUGUAUAUAGUAGGAAAUAAUUCAAGUUCAGGACUUUGGAUGAUAUUUAUGUCCGGGUCUAGUAUUCUUUUCAAAAAAGUUGUUUAAUUACGUAAUAUUUAUGAUUGUUGAAGCUUGUUGAAAAAACCAUAAUGUUUGAAAAUAAGUUUACCUAUGUUAAUUAUUAAAAGUGUCCAUAAAUGGAACGAAUAAUAUUUUAUAACAAGUUAUAGACACGAAAUUAAAUUUUAUCGAAAAAUGUAAUGAGA